AGCCCGCGGUCGACUGCUGCUGAAUGAAAAUUAACAGAGGCCAUUUUGCGCUCGAAGCCACGGUAUCAUUCAGUAAUAAUAAAAACGGAAACGAGGGGCAGGUGCUGUCCUUUUCUGGAAAGACGCGAGUUUUUGUCCGCGCUGCGACUGUCAAAAAAAAACAAAAAAAAAACACGCGAUAGCUUUAAUUGUCCCGCCGCGCGCCGCCGCUUCUAUAUCCCUUGGGUGGGUUUGUGGUGGUAGUGAGGAGGACAGAGGGACAGGACAGGACAGGACAAGACAAUAUUUCUACCCGAGCCCCGGCGGUGACCCCCGUGAGAGGAAGCGCCGGACAACAUCCAUGCGCGCGGGGAAACAGGUGUACGGUUUCAUCAUCACACGGACACCGCGCUAGCUUCCGAGCUGCUGCUGCUGCUCCUGCGUUUGUGUGUGUGUACUUUUGUUCGAGGGACUUUUUGGAGUCCUUUCACAUGGAAGGGGCUCGUUACCUGGCGGAAUGUUGCAGAAUGGUUCGGGCGAAGCCGUUAUAAGGCAUUAAACAGGGAAAGAUCUGGGAUUACAGUUUGACCAGGAGGAUAGACUUAUCCUGAGCAGAGGGAAGAGGAACAGGAAGGACAGGCGCGUGCACGCAGUGCUCACCUAUACCUGACUCCUCCUAGGAAGUUUCCUGUCUGUUGAUUUUAUGACGGAAAGUGUGUCUCCUCGUAGUAGAUCAGUAAGAAGUGCUCUUCAAAAUGAAUACAGAUAGCGGAGGAUACGCUACCAAAAUUGUGGCCUUGUCACUCACACUCUCUCCCAUGAAGAGGGUCCAGAGCUCACCAAAUCUAGCCACAGGGAGUGAUUCUCACUCAUCAGAUUUGGAUUCUUGGCGGUCACGCAGUGUCACAGAUGGCCUUAAGAAUGGAGAUGCCAGCAGCUCGUCUCUUGCUGCCAAAGGCUUCAGGAGUGUCAGGCCCAACCUGCAGGACAAAAAGUCACCGACACAGGAUUUCGUUCACAUACCAUUGCCACCCCCCAGGAGAGAGAGUUUCCACUUCUCGCCCACUGGCUCUAAUCCACCAGACUAUAGCUCCCUCGUUGCUCUGGCUAAUGAUUCUGGCUCUGGAAUGCUAACGUUCACUCAGAAUGAGAAGGCAGUUUUGAAAGAGACGUACACCAUUAAUAGCACCUCCUCUUACUCUUACUCAGAGACCAGUGCAAACCCAGUCCAGCAGACACAGCAGCACACUGUCCCGAAUGAUAGUAGCAACUGUAACAUGUCUUCCACCUCAGAUCAACAAGUCCAGGAGCGUAAAGUGUCUUCACUCAAACUAACUCCGGUCACCAUCCCUGACCCUCCUGCUCACGUCUACUCUAACCCAGAUCCCCAAACUAAGACCCAAACUGCUAGUUCACCUCCACCACAACCCAAAAGGACUACCACUCUCUCUCAGCCUCUGAAACAGACGGCCUCAGUUUCUGUCCAUUUGGACCCCAAGAAUCUGAAAUGUCCAGAGCCUCAACCUCGCACAGUGGAACCCAAGCUCCCAGAUCAAGGCCCAUAUCAAACUCCAGGUGCUGCUACAUCCCAGGUGGAGAUGACAAAGCCUCCUCCUGCUGUUCCACCAAGACCAUCUCCUUCGGAACUGUUGGGGCCUCCAUCCCCCAACCCUACAGCACAGCACUCCCCUUACCACUGCCACAGCUCAGAAUCACUCGACUACCUGUCAGGCCUAAUUCCCAAGGCCCUAUCACCCACCCCUUAUGUUCCUAGUGGAGUUGGUAGCACAGCUGGCGCGGUCAGUGUGAGCGUCGGUGGCUACGUGUCACCCCCGGCAUCCCGCGUGACAGUGUCUGCUCUCAGCCACUACUCGUCCUCCACGGUGGGUCUGCUGGACGAGCUGCAGAUCUGUAGUCUGGACUCGCCUGACGCCUCACCCACGCCGUCGCCCACCCUCAGCCAUGUUUCUACGUGCACGUCCACCGCUGGCCCCGAUGAUGUGCUAACGACCUCUGUGGCCUCCACUGCUGCCGCAGCCACUGUCACUAAUGGUCAGGUCCUCUGUCACGCUAUGAAUGGAAAUGCUAGCCAUCCACAGAGACCCCUCUCUCCCCCGUCGUAUCCUCCUCCCCCUGCCUCACUCCACACUGGGCUGCAAAGACGCAGCAGGAGUUCAGAGGGCAGCGAGUCUGUCACCAGAGAGUCUGUGGUGUCGGGCCAAACCAGUAUCAGCAGCACUGUGCCCAUUGCCUGCUUCUCAGAAGAAGAAAAAAAGGUUUCCAUAAUCAAAGCCCCUCAUUAUGAAGGCAUUGGCCCAGUGGACGAGUCUGGCAUCCCUAUUGCCAUCCGCACGCAGACGGUGGACAGACCCAAGGAUUGGUAUAAAACUAUGUUCAAACAGAUCCACAAGGUUCACAAAGCAGAUGAUGACUAUUCAGACACAUACAAUGCCACAUAUGCCGUCAUAAACAAUGAAGACCACAUCCUGUCAUCAAACACAACUAUGGCCCACCCUGCUCCGCGCACACAUACGUACAGGCCGCUAUCCAAGAGCCCCUCAGACAACGGAGGGCAUCUGGGGCCUCGAGAGCCUUCCCCGUCCCCUGUACCCCCUCCACCUCUACCCAUGCCAUCUUUACUGCAGCUGAGGGCCAGGGAUAGUGACCGUGGGAAAGACCCACCAGACAUGAAUGAAUGGGGUCCUCCCGACAGAAAAGUGGACACACGAAAGUAUCGCGCAGAGCCCAAGAGUAUUUUUGAGUAUGAGCCUGGAAAGUCUUCUAUUUUGGAACAUGAAAGACCAACCUAUGAUGACAUAGAUUUAGAGAACGAGCCUUGGUAUAAGUUCUUUUCCGAGCUGGAGUUUGGGCGGCCGCCUCCUAAAAAACGCCUGGAUUAUAAUCCAGACAUCUCCGCCCGCCAGCUCAUUGAGUCCUCCCUGCGCAUCGUUCCUGCUGAGAAGGCUCUGGAGAGACCUGCGAGUGCUGCCAGUGACUACAGGAAGAGAAGGAAGUCGGAGCCUUCAAGUUCUCAAGUGAACGCUCAGUCUCAGAGCAGAGCUGCAACCUCCCCAAAACCAGUGGAUGCCUACAGACCCAGCAGCAGCCUAAAGAAGCCUGUCAUUCGUUCCUCACCAUCAUCACCUUCCAAAGCCAAAGGUGGGGACGCAUGCAACAUGUAUUCAAACAGUUUGACCUCCCCAGGUUCUUAUCAAGGCUCCUGUACACCUCCUGCUUCCUCUGACUCUGUUCAUCUCCUUGAGGAUGGCAGCUCGUCCUCCAAGCAGUCUGUCUGUUGUAAGAACAGUUGGCAAACAAAACAACAGGAUCCUGAGACAUGGACCAGUGUUGAGGAGGUGCCGCCCUCUGCUGGCAAACUCAAGUCACGCAGCUGUGAUGAUUUACUCAGCGACGGGCAUUCGGGUUCAGUUGGUCGCAAUGCCACCCGUUCAGAAAGUGCUGGGUCACUGGUGUGUGAUGGGAAUCCCUCAGGUUCAACUGCAUCCAAUUCCACUUGCUCACUGCCACGACUCCACCGGCGACUGACACAUGAAUCACCAGGCUUUCUUAAGCUCUAUCGCAAAAUGCACCAGAUUGACCGAGCACAGCUCAUCCCAUCUGAUGUCAUCCGCUCAGUCCGUGCUCGCAUUCUGGAACUAGAGCGUCAGCCUCAUCUGCACCUUCAUCGCCUUUCUCCUUGGACACCUUCUUGGGGCGUGGAGGUGCCACAAGAUAUGGUGCCAAACCGCAUUUCUACAUAUGAGAACCUUAUUCAGAAAUCAAAAUCCAUGCCCAACUUGGGUGAUGGUGAGAUGCCUUCAGGCACUACUACACCGGGUGACUCUUCAUCACGAGCCAGCAGUGGUGGUGGUGGCACACCAAGUUUUCCGAAACGUCGUUUUUCCAUAGAAUCUUUACUAGAGGAAGACAAUAACGGCAACAGUAGUACAGUACCUCACUCCAUGGAUCACUUACAUCGACCCCGUAGCCCACCUGAGGGCCGACCUCGUGGGCCAGAACCUAACCAUGGCCGGGCCUUUCCUGCUCCCCCUGUCCCGCAAAGCCUUCAAGCCAACCCAGACUACUCUGACAGUGAACAAGACGCUGUUGCGUCAGACCUGAGUGACUUUAUCCAGGUGGAGGGCUCCUCAUUUUGUAGUGAGAGUGACUUUGACCAUUGCUCGCUAACCUCCUCUGAGAGCUUGUACGGCUCGUCCACCCUACACCACCACCUCCGUCAUCACCACCACCACCAUCACCACCACCACACUGGUCACCAAAAUGUAGGCCAGAGCCAGGGCUACCAACACCGGCACCUCAUCAGUAGCUGUAAAGGCCGCUGCCCGGCUUCUUACACUCGUUUCACAACCAUGCUCCGCCAUGAGAGAGAACGGGCCCGGCAGGAGCUCCAGAGACCCUCAAAACAGAGCAACCAGUCAAAAAUCCAAAGCUCACACUCCCAGGAAGCAAUGUCCAAGCUGGCCUUCCUGGUCAGCCCAGUGCCUUUCCGCAGGAAAAAGGGCUCACCACCUACCUCCAGAAGAGUCAGUGGUGGUGGAGGUCGAGGUAGCAGGCCUAAGUCCAAACAGGCUAUUUAUGAAGCACUAGAUGCAGCCUUGAGAGACAUUUAUGAGCACAUUCAAGCAGAACGAGGCCACAGAGGCACUAGGGCACCUGACGAUAGCAUCCUGAGGCGAAUACUGGCAGAACUACUGCCAAAUGUGCCUGAACGAAGCUCCUCACUGCGGGGGAGGAGGGGCUGUUGGUACGGGGGUCACUCCUCUGCAUCAUUGUACCCAGAUGGUAGCCCCACUGGGUGUGCCUCUUACAGAGAGGAUCCAUCCACACCACGGCUACAGUCACCAAUCAGUGCCUGUUAUGGACGCCAUUUGGACACCACAAACAAUCACGAAUAUGGAGAGGAGCAGGGCAAUGGAAAUGGUCUCUGUUUUUCAGACCAGGAUGUCUCCAGGAGUUAUUCCACCAUGGAAUCCACCAUCCACACACCUGCACCUAGAAGACCUACUCCUGACAGAGAGAAACAGCCUGCAAGAGCCAUUUAUGAUUUUAAGGCACAAACGGCGAAGGAGCUGACAUUUAAAAAAGGUGACGCAGUAAACAUCAUCAGACAGAUAGAUAACAACUGGUAUGAAGGAGAGCACCGUGGACGGGUGGGGAUAUUCCCCAUAUCAUAUGUAGAGAAAAUGCCAUCUGCAGAGAAGCAGCAGCCAAUCCGCCCUCCUCCGCCAGCACACGUCAGAGAGAUCGGAGAGGCGGUGGCUCGGUACAACUUCAAUGCUGACACUAAUGUGGAGCUGUCGCUCAGAAAGGGUGAGAAAGUAAUUGUAAUAAGGCAGGUGGAUCAGAACUGGUACGAGGGCAAGAUCCCAGACACAACUAAACAGGGCAUCUUUCCCGUGUCCUACGUUGACAUCAUGAAGCGCUCCCCGUCCAAGAGCUCCACCCACCACACAGACUCACGUGGUCACCCUGGCAUCAGGACUCCAAGCAGUACGCCCGUCAAGCGACUAGUACAAGAUGCACUGCAAGGCGGAGGAGACCCAUACCAGGUCUUGUACAACUACAUGCCUCGCAACGAGGACGAGCUGGAGCUGAGGGAGAGCGACAUCGUCGAUGUGAUGGAGAAAUGUGACGAUGGCUGGUUUGUCGGGACCUCUCGAAGGAGCAAGUUGUUUGGAACCUUCCCAGGAAACUACGUGAAGCAGCUAUAAUGAUGAUUCCAGAUGAGCACCCUGGCCACGUCCCUUCUGUGACACCACACCCCGCCCCCCUUCAGUGACACGUUCAUGGCUGCGAGCACAGCACCUGCAGAAUCCCACCUCCAACAAGCGGUCAACAGAGACCUGUGGCACAUUGUGUACGUGUGGCUCAUCAGCUUCACACAAACAGAACAUUUAGCUCUAACUAGCCAUCCUUAAUGGAAGACUUCUAUGAGAUAAUGUUGUUGUUGUUUUUUUAACUUUAUUUUUUUAGAACCUAAACUCUGUGCGUCAGUCAGCAGCUGUUCACGUUAGACAGCGACGGUACAGUGAACAGUGUAAGGCAGCGACCGUAAGAUCACAACUUUCACAGUAUCCUCUAACUUUAAAACACUCGUCACAUUUUAUUUCAGUGUUUGAUUACAAAUAUCCACAAAGACACUUGGUGCAGAGAGUGAUGCACAAACAGUAUUCUGUCAGUCAGCUGGUCUGUUGUCUGGAUUGUGAUGGGGGGGAGGGGCUUGCAGCCAGCAUCAGUGUCGGAUAAAAGGAGUUACACGUGGAACAGACUGUGCAUGUAUCAAUGUUAUGUGUUACCCAGUGUAUUGAUUAGCUGAUAUUUGGGGAUAUCACGAAUCAUAAUUGAUCAUUUUUAAAUUUUGCAAAUGAGAAAGUGGGAAAAUAUCAUUGAACCUCUUCUGCUUUCUGUCUAAACCUAAUACAUUAGAUUUAUAAAAAAAAUACAUAUAUAUAUAUAUAUAUAUGAUUAUCUCCAUCUUCACACUAGGAUUGAUGCACUUUAGUGGGAUUUUAACAGAAUAUUUGUUUCAUUUCAAAUUUCACUUCAGAUUUUAUACCACUACAGGUUGUCAUGAUCUUGUUUUUGUUUUUUGGAGGAGGGGGAAUUGGCCAUGUUUGAAAAGUGUAUGUAAAAACAGUUACUGAGUUACUUUUAGGUAUUAUUAUAUUUAUUAGAGGACGAAUGCUGGGUUUUAGAAAGGAAGGGAAAAGUGUUGCUCUUUUUAACACAUUUUAAUGGCAGCAGUGAGACAUUGUUAUUUAUCAUUGUCCCGGAAUAACAUUGAGGAAUAACAUGAGAUUUGAUGGACUGUGGUCAAUUAUUUCCAAGUGUCAUGUUAUGUUGAAUUUAUUUAAGUCAGAUACGGAGUGAGAUUGUGUUUAAGAAAAACACCAACUUGAGGAAGUGGAAGUGCAGUUUUUACCAUUCGACUUUCAAACCAUGUUAUCAGCGUGAAUAGGUUGUGAGGUCACUGUUUAUGUGUCCGUGUACUACUUUGAGUUACUGGCUUUUCUUUCGUCGUAGCUCAUCAUGCACAGCGAAUGAUCAUGUUUGUUUGUUUUUCCCUUCAUUUUUGUGUUUCACAGAAGCUGGACACUGACGAAGCAAACGUUAAAGCACCUUAAGAUAUUAUUUUUUAUUAUCAUUAUUAUUAUUAUUAUUAUUAUUAUUCACUGUCUUUCAUGUCACACCCUCCUUCACCUCAUCAUACACUAUUUCAGAUAGUGUGAGAACACUUUAUAUAUAUGUGUGCGCGCGUGUGUGUGGUGUUUUUGUAAGCCUUUUGUAUGAGAGCUGUAAAAUGGCCAACAUCCACUUGCUUUAUAAAGUCUGCUUUUUCUCACCCACCAUCAUGAUUGGUUUCCUUUCCUUUGUUCACGUUUCUGUCAUCACUGGUGCUAAUUUACACUUUAUUGACUGCUUUGUAGCUGGGCAUUAGGUCUUUCUUUUCCCUCUCUGUUUCUUUCUAAUUCUUUUUUUUUUUUCAAGACUUGUUGACGUAUUAAGGCUGAAGUAAACGUAGGUAGAUGGAGUAGAGUUGGUGGUUGUUGCCUUACUCACCAGCUCACUUAAUUUAAUAGCCAUGUAUAUUGUAAACUUACUCUGUGAAGCAAAAAAAAAAAAAAGUAAUCAUUUAUUCAUACAGUAGGUAGUCGAGAAAACGUCAUGACAGUGUGCACAAGAAACUUUCACUUAGCCUCUUAUCUCCCUUUGAUACACGAGGAACAGAUUUGGACGGAAGACAUUUGAUUCCUGACUAUGUUUAUACAUGUAAUGGCAAUGUAAAUCUAUGUUACUCCUGUUCAUGUCAAAGUCACUGCACACUCUUGGACCUAUAAGUAUUUCUACAGUAUCUUAGCAGUUAUUCGAUGGCUUUAUGGCGCUGUGUUGCUAAUAAAGUCCAGCUGGUAGAUGAA